CAUUGGCUGCGGCGCGGGCGCUGCCAUGUUGGCGGAAGUGGAGCCUCCUGUGCGGUGGAAACUGGCGGUGGCCGCGGCUGCCGGGUCGGUCUGCGCAGCCUCUGGUGUUUUCUCCUAGCUUGGAUCUCUGCGCCGAGAGGCGGCUGCUGGCAGAAUGGAGAAAAGUAGGAUGAAUCUGCCCAAAGGGCCGGACACGCUCUGCUUCGACAAGGAGGAGUUCAUGAAGGAAGAUUUUGAUGUGGAUCAUUUUGUGUCUGACUGUAGGAAGCGGGUCCAACUGGAAGAGUUGAGAGAUGACCUGGAGCUCUACUACAGGCUGCUCAAAACAGCCAUGGUUGAGCUCAUAAACAAGGACUAUGCAGACUUUGUCAACCUUUCAACAAACUUGGUUGGCAUGGACAAAGCCCUCAACCAGCUUUCUGUGCCUUUGGGACAGCUACGAGAAGAGGUUCUGAGUCUUAGAUCAUCUGUCAGUGAAGGAAUACGGGCAGUAGAUGAACGAAUGUCUAAACAAGAAGACAUUAGGAAAAAAAAGAUGUGUGUGUUGAGGCUUAUACAAGUUAUUCGAUCAGUUGAGAAAAUUGAAAAAAUCUUAAAUUCUCAAAGUUCUAAAGAAACAUCUUUGCUAGAAGCGAGCAGCCUACUUUCAACUGGACAAAUUUUGGAGAGAAUUGCCACAGAAUUUAAUCAGUUGCAGUUUCAUGCUGUUCAGAGCAAAGGCAUGCCUCUUAUGGACAAAGUAAGACCACGCAUAGCUGGCAUCACAGCCAUGUUGCAGCAGUCCUUGGAAAGUCUCCUGCUGGAAGGCUUUCAGACUUCCAACGUGGACAUCAUACGACACUGCCUGUGGACAUACGCCACAAUUGAUAAGACACGGGACGCGGAGGCCUUAGUUGGUCAAGUACUAGUGAAGCCAUACAUAGAGGAGGUCUGUGUGAUUGCAGAGCACUCUGCCGGGUCUCAUCCCACUGGCCUUCAGAUCACGUACAAUAAACUCUUGGAGUUCGUUCCUCAUCAUUGCCGCCUUCUUCGGGAAGUUACAGGAGGAGCGGUUUCUAGUGAAAAAGUCAAUACUGUUCCUGGAUAUGACUUUUUGGUGAAUUCUGUCUGGCCAGCAAUAGUACAAGGAUUAGAAGAAAAGUUACCCUCUCUUUUUAACCCCGGGAAUCCCGAUUCAUUUCAUGAGAAAUAUACCAUAAGUAUGGAUUUCCUUAGAAGAUUUGAACAGCAAUGUGGAUCACAGGCCAGUAUAAAGAGAUUAAGAGCUCAUCCUGCCUACCAUAACUUCAAUAAUAAGUGGAACUUGCCUGUUUAUUUUCAAAUAAGAUUUAGAGAAAUAGCAGGGUCCUUGGAAGCAGCACUGACAGAUGUACUGGAAGACGCCCCAGCUGAAAGUCCGUAUUGCCUUUUGGCUUCUCAUAGAACAUGGAGCAGCCUCAGGCGGUGCUGGUCAGAUGAGAUGUUUCUGCCCCUGCUGGUGCAUCGUCUGUGGAGACUCACUCUGCAGAUUUUGGCACGCUACUCUGUGUUUGUCAACGAGCUUUCACUCAGGCCCAUUUCUAAUGAAAGUGCCAAGGAGAUCAAAAAACCUUUGGUAGCUGGUAGCAAAGAACCUUCCCUUGCCCAAGGAAGUCCUGAAGACCAAGGAGGCAGUCCUCCAGAAACAAAGCCUGUGGUCUGCGUCUCCAGUGCUCAGCUCGUGUGUGUGGUUGCCGACCUGGACAGGCUUCAGGAGCAGCUUCCAGAACUCUUGGAAACAAUCAAGCCAAAACUUGGAAUGAUUGGCUUUAAGAAUUUUUCUUCUAUCUCAGCUGCCCUUGAGGACUCCCAGUGUUCCUUGUCAGCCUCUAUGCCUUCCUUGAGCAGCAAGAUCGUCCAAGAUUUAAGUGACUCUUGCUUCAGCUACCUGAAAGGUGCCCUGGAGGUUCCCAGGCUUUACCGAAGAACCAAUAAGGAGGUCCCAACUACAGCUUCCUCUUAUGUGGACAGUGCUCUGAAGCCAUUUUAUCAGCUUCAGAGCAAACACAAGGACAAGCUCAAACAAGCAAUAAUUUGGCAGUGGUUAGAAGGUGCUCUCUCUGAGAGUACUCACAGGUACUAUGAAACCGUGUCAGAUGUACUGAACUCUGUGAAGAAAAUGGAAGAGAGCCUGAAACGGCUGAAACAGGCCCGAAAAACCACUCCCACUAACCCCGUUGGUCCCAGCGGGGGCAUGAGUGAUGACAACAAAAUCCGGCUGCAGCUGGCCUUAGACGUGGAGUACUUAGGCGAGCAGAUACAGAAGAUGGGCCUGCACACAAGCAACAUAAAGAGCUUCUCGGCUCUCACAGAGCUUGCUGCUGCUGCCAAGGACCAGGCAAUGGCAGAGCAGCCUUAGGCAGCUUGGAAGUUCCCAGGGGAGAGGAAAGUUUGGCUUCAAGCCUGAAAAGAAGAAAGUGGUUCUGUUCUUUGAGCAGCCUCCAUGGCAAAGAAGUGCUUCCAACAUUGUCGCUCCAGCAGCACGCCUUGUGUCUUCUCUCAGCGUAUUUGGGUCUUCUUUCACCCAAAAAGAACACAAAAGCCUUUCCAUUGUAUGGAAGAUAGUUUUUAAGACCUUUGAAACUUUCUACAAUAGUUUACAGAACAGAUUAUUUUAUUUUUCUUGUAAAUCUUAGUGUAGGAGAGCCAAUUUCUAAAAUACGGUUAAAGCAAAUAUAUAUGUCUUAAGUAUAAAAGGUCGUCUCCCUGAGGCUGCGCUGGGAGUGACGACUACAGUGGAGUGGCCGUGUGAUGUGCAAAUGCCUUUCUCUGAAAUGGUCAGAACUGUGUCUGCUUCUGGGGGACUGUAAGGUGACGGUCCUCCACUCUCACAGUCUGUCCUGCUUCUCACCCGGGCCUCUCUCAGGAUCUAGAACCAGCAGGAAAGACUUACUUCCUGAAUAAAAGAAGUGUCUGCUGAGAA